UGUAUUUCUAUUGGGUUACAGAAAGUAGGUCUAUGUCCAUUGGCGAUUGGUCCGUGAACCAAUCGAUUGCGGAAUAGACGCGCUUGUUAAGCUAAGCGCGCUUGCUCCAUCCAGGCGAUCAAGGCAGCUUGAAAUAGGGAAUUAAUAAAAUGAAUGAAGAAACCGAAGCAUUAGCACCACCUCUAAAGAAACAAAAGCUACAUGACAAAAGAAGCAAUCCAGUAAAGGAUGUCGUAGUUUUUCAUGCUAAAAAUGGUAUGGGCGUGGAUAAAGAUAAAAACGACCCCGAGUAUAAUGGCUUUGUCAGCUCUGAGGACAUACAAAAACUUCGAGAAUUCAAAGUUUUAGAUGAGGUGAAGUCUAAUGAGGAAGACAGCAAUGCGGACGAUUCCGAUAGUUCUGACGCUAAAUCAGAAGGUUUGCCUGAGGAAGAGAUUGAAAAAAUGUUAGAGGAAGAUUUACCAGAAGGCUUCAAAGUAGGACCGAAACCAAAAGAAAAACCGUACAUCACGCGUACAAAAAUUGUUCUUGAAGAAAAGGGUGUUAAUCAAUUUGAAGUUCUUCCUUUAGACUGGCUUGCACUGAGGCAUCACAGUGGUAUGCCCAUAUACGUUCACAAGAGUACACGAGUAUGUACGCUUUCAAAACCUUACUUUCUUGGAAAGGGUAACAUCAGGAGACACGAUAUUCCUAUUAGCGCGAUUCCCUGCUUGGCGUAUAGACGAGCGUUAGAAGAGGACGAAAAACAAAAUGAAAUUGACCGCAAAGUGGAAGUAAAGAUUAAAAAUCUGUCACAAAAAGCGAAUAAUGAAAAUAUGAAAAGUAAUAAACAGAACAAAAAACAUUUUUCCCCAUAUGAUAGAAAUCAUAAGAAUAACACAAGUGCAAAUAAUCAAAAUAAAUGCCCGUUUAAGAAUUUCAGCAGGCCUAAUAACGGUAAUUUAGAGAAUGGGAAAAUUUUUGAAAAGUCAAAGGGAGAAAAUGUUUUAACUGAAGUAAACGAUAAUGUUUUAGAAAAUGGAGAAAAAGUGAUGACAGAAGUAAAGAAUAUCUCAAGUACUGUAAAUGAUAAGGAAAAAAGUGUGAAUAACAAGGUACCGGUUGAAUUGGAUUUUGCCAAUGACAUAAUAAUUCACAGUAAUAUCACAAUUACUUCAGAAACAAAAGAGGGGAGUGAUUUGAAUACUGUUGAUUGCUAUGAUGUGGUUGGUAAAACUACUGAAGAUGUAACAAUGGACGCACAAGCUAAUAAUGAAGAAUUUAAGAAAAAUGCACAAGAAUGUGACGAUGCUUCAGUUAAUGAUAUACCUGCAAACAGACAACCUGUGAUUUUGCCUAACGGAGAAAUAAUACCGGCACCUCGUGUAGAGUCUAUAAACAAUAGUUGGAAAACACAGAAUCUGACACCGGAGCAGUUUAACGAUUACUGCAAAAAGCUUUUUAUAUUUAAGACAGUAAACAUUUUACAAUUUAAUCGUUGGGCUGAUCGGCGCAAAUAUGCAAAAGCAAAGAAAACACUCCAAUACCCGACAAUGCCUGAGGGAACGAAACUUAUCACAAUACCCGUACAAUUUUCUGGACCAGACACUGGCGGUAAAAUAAUUAAGCGCGAUUGGGUGAUGAACAUGAAUGGCGGUAGCUACCUGUCAGUUUUCCACGAGUACGUUUGCCGUGCGCUACACAAACAGCCCGUCUACGAGUACAAACAACUUGAGAACGCAACAACUCCGUAUCAAGCGACGGUGUUUAUCGGCGGCAUGCAAUACGGCGUGGGGCACGGAUCCAGCAAGCGGCAGGCAAAGUACGCGGCCGCACGAUCCUCUAUACACAUCCUCAUCCCGGAGAUGCGCGAGUAUAUGGACUUGCCCCCUGGCGACGCGGAGCCGGACUUUACCUUUUUUGACUACAUCGGUAUCGAAGACCCCCGCAUAGCUGAGUUCUGCGCGGCCACUUGUGAACCAUCCCCGCACGCAAUCCUGCGUACUUGCCUGCUGAGGAACUUCGGUGCCAGCGAUCGCCAUAUUCAUACUGAGAUGAAAAAGACAGCUUGCCAGGAGGUCGAGCUGACUAUGAAGGUGGGCAAACAUAGUGCUACCGUCGUCUGUAAGAACAAGAAGACAGCCAAGCAGCGCGCUUCGCAGUCAAUAUUGCAGGCGUUGCAUCCGCACGUCCGUUCUUGGGGCUCCUUGCUACGUUUGUACGGCUCAAAAUCUGUUAAAAGUUGCAAAGAGAAGAAGUUGGAAGAACAACAAAUAACCCUUCUCCAAGACAAAGCUCGUCACAACGAGCCCAAUUAUGCCGUGCUAGACAAACUGCGCAAUGAGAUGUUGAAGUUGCGGGAGAGGGACGAGUCGGUUGUUCCCAUCGGAACCUUAUUGCUGACAGAAGAUCUUCCAACACACUCUGGGUCUAAUUUGAACAACGUUGAUCUCUAAAUUUUAGCAUUUUAACUUCGAUCAUUACAGCUAAAUUAAGAUGUUACUGCGUUUGUCACGCGUCUUCAUAUCGCGCGUCUAUUUUGUUUGGCCGGGCUGAAGUCGGCUCUCCGAGACGAUUGCACAUCCACCAUGUGCAAAUGUGACCUCAGAUUAGGGAAUUCAGUGUACACGGACAGGCAUUUGUGACCCUUCCUUACAGUAAAUACACACAAUCCAAAGGGCCAUACAAAGGCAAGAUGCCCAAAACGCUGGCAUAAAUUACCUCUGGAUUGCGAGGGUUAUAUUUUGGGCUAAAUAACAGCCAGCUUUGGGCCACAUAGAUGGAUCAGAUUUUGUGCCACAAUCUUCAAAACAUAUUUAUUGUCUGAUGGCCACGCUAGUGACCAGCUACUCCAGAAAUUUACAGACCCGUGUACCUGCAACAAGCGCUGUAUCAUCUGAUCGUAGUCUAGCUGCGAAUAUAUGAAUGUAAGUGCGUUUCAAAUAAUUUAAUUGCUGUCAGAAUACCAUUCAUAACAGUCAAGAUAUAUUGAGAUUAUAAGUGAAAAAUAUUUUAUAAUAUGUAUUUUUCGAAUUUUAAAUACUUAAAAUAUUAUACAGAAAUGAAAAACGUAUUGAAAUUGAGCUUUAAAUGUACAAGCAAUGCUCGUACUCCCGCGCUUUACAUUGUUGAGGUAUAUGAACCAUAUUUUUGUCAUACACAUGUCCCAAAUUGUUUAGGCUAUAGCCUAUAUGGGAGUCAGGUAUUUAAUAAAUGAGGUUUCAUGAGAAUUUUAUCAACUGUUUCCGUAUGUUAUAGUUUUUUUGAAAUAUAAGGAUGGAAAUCCAUCGAGCCAAAUUCGGACUGAUCGAUGAAGGGUUGGUAUUGUCAAUAAUUAAUCUAUCUGAAACGCAUACAUUUAUUGAAUCAUCAAGGCCACAUUACUAGUUAAAUUGCUGAGCGGAAGGCCUUGAUCGCAGUAAAUUUUGUUUAGUGUGCACCUAUGUACAGUUUAAAAAAAAUCCAUAUUAAAACUAACAUAAAUGUUUCGUUUACAUUGCGGACGGUACUAAAAACUAAGUCAGACAUCAUUAAAUACAUACCGUAUUUAAUAAUGUCAACAAAUAAUUCGUAUAUUUAUUGUUACAAUACAGGCAAGCGUUUUGUGAUUAAUUUACUGAUCCGUUUAUUAUAUAUUGUUGACUGCAAUAAAAAACUUAUUUCCAUAUAUACACAUCUGAUUAUAUAAGACUUCAGCUCAGCAUUUUAAAUUAAUUAAUUUAGUAAAUAAGUGAGCUGUGCCGUGAAUUCCACACUUAUUGUCUUAAAUAAAUCGCCUUUAAUAUAUUAAACCAAAUAUCGUCAAAUCUUACGCUUAGAAAUAAUAUUUUUUUAUUAUAAAUAUAGCCUGUGGAGGCAAAGGUUUCUUCUAAAUUUCAAUAACUUAAAGAGUUUGUAUACAAAUAACCCAUUAGCUUUGUUUAGAUUAGUGUUGUCGGGUUUUAUCAUAAUAUUUACAAUUAUUCCAUAUUAAAAUUAUAUGCUUAUCAUGUUGUG